AUGGGAGCCCGCGGAGGCGCUGCCGGGAGGCCUGAGCCAGGCGGCGGCGGCGGCGGCGGCCUCGGCGUGAGGGGAGCGGAGCGGGCGGCGCCCCCGGCGCGCUCGGCCCCGGCCACGCUGGCGCCCGGGGACCCUCCCGAGAUGCCGGUGCGGAGCGAGCGGUGCCGCGCGGGCGGGGCGGCGGGCUCGGCCUCUUCGCCGCCCUCCGGGGCGACGGCCAGCAGCCUGGUGCCGCCGCCCCCCAUCAACACGGCGCAGCCCGGCGUGGCCACCUCGCUGCUCUACAGCGGCGCCAAGUUCCGCGGGCAGCAGCGCAGCAAGGGCAAUGCCUACGAGGUGGAGGUCGUCAUGCAGCAUGUGGAUAUGGAAAACUCCUACCUCUGUGGAUACUUGAAGAUUAAAGGCCUUACAGAGGAGUACCCAACCCUCACCACUUUCUUUGAAGGGGAAAUAAUCAGUAAAAAGCACCCUUUCUUAACACGCAAGUGGGAUGCUGACGAAGAUGUGGAUCGUAAACACUGGGGGAAGUUCCAGGCUUUUUACCAGUAUGCAAAAACAUUUAACUCCGAUGACUUUGAUUAUGAGGAUCUGAAAAAUGGGGACUACGUCUUCAUGAGAUGGAAGGAACAGUUCCUAGUCCCAGAUCACACAAUCAAAGACAUCAGCGGUGCUUCCUUUGCUGGUUUCUAUUACAUCUGCUUCCAGAAGUCAGCAGCAUCUAUAGAGGGCUAUUACUACCAUAGGAGUUCAGAAUGGUAUCAGUCAUUGAAUUUAACUCACGUUCCUGAGCACAGCGCUCCUAUCUACGAAUUCCGAUGACAGCUGUCCAGAACUGAUACCGCACAGAAGCAAACCGGGCAGGAGAGCGUGGCCUGUCAGGAGAACUGUGUCCCUGUCGGAGCACGGGAAUGCACGCUUCUCUCCUGCCCCUCGGACUCGUGAGAGAGAGCCUGAAUGUUAACUCACCCAGCCCAAGGAGUGUGGCUGCUGGAGCUUGAUUCUCCCUCCUGUCGAGUGGCGAUUUGAUCUUUAAUCUGGUUUUAAGCUACCUUUAAAUGCACUUUCUUAUUGCACAGCUAGUUUCUCUAUCACUGAAGUUCCUCCCGGCUCUCCUCUGGAAGCUGUUUCUCAGUAGCUGGAAUCAGUGGUCUGUCCUCUGAGUAAUAAGAAAAUAUAAGCUUGGUGCUUAUAUUUUCAUUGUUACAGCCUGGUAUGGGUUGAAAUUGCCGGGACUCAGGUUUGUUGCCCAGAUUGCCAGCUCUGAUGCUCCCAAAGCCAGGUCCCAUGUGUGAGGCUCUGCUUGGCAGAGAGCUGCUCAGCUGCCGAGUCUGUUGUGGGGGAGUGUUGGCUGAGACAGAUAAGGCUUGAACGAGUCUUUGCUUCGCUCUGGCUAACCUUGUUAGCCAGAGCUGCAGAUCUUUCAGGAAUGCCGGCCCUUUGGAGCUGGGAGCCGUUCCGGUGUCUGGAUUCGCCACUGGGAAUUAAUUUGAUGUAUGGACUUCCAGGCUCUCAGUAAAGUGGAUCUGAACUCUGCUUAUAGGUGUAUAUUUGCUCUUUACUUAAGUUAAGGGUAAAAAAUUAAAAAAAAAAAGAAAAAAAAAUACUUUUAUUAAAAAAAAUAUUUUUAUGGCUCCUUUUCCCAAGGACCCUCUGGCAAAUGCACAAGUACUCAAUUACAUUUUACCGUUUUCACAUUGAAAACCGGGAAUGUCUGCGUUAGUUUUUAUAUACGUGUAUGUAAUCAGCUAGCCGCUUUGGGAAAGUGAUCAGAGCCCAAGUGUUGAGCAGUGUCGCAGGGACAGCUCUGGGACUGUUCAGCAUUUGUACUCACUUUUCAUGCUUCACCGACACCACUGCUUGAUACCUUUUUACAAGGCAAAAAAAAAAAAGAAAAGAAAAAAAAAACAACAAAAAAACCCCAGUAGCUCUCCUCUGACUUUGAAAUGUUUCAAGUGAUUUAACUUAAGGCUUGUGUGCCAAAGUGUGUGUGUACGCGCGUGUGGUUUUUUUUUUAAAGACGUUUUAAAAGUUGGCCUCGGUUGUAUAUUUAAUGUGACAGUCCCACCUGUGGGGCUUUUGUGAGAGUUUAGUUUGCAUUUUUCUGGCUGUUUUAAAACCAAACCCCUUAAAGCAGGCUUGUGUCACACGCUAACCGGGUGGGUGUUGAGGAUGCGUUUGCCGCCUGGGAGAGGAAAGCGAAGCCUCUGCGUGCCUAGCACCGAGGUGGUUUGGGUUUCCUUCUUUUUAACUAACUUUCUUCUUUUCGGCAGCGUGUCUGUCUUGUUUAUUGCAGCAGCUGAAUUGCUAGUUUGAGCCUUAAUGAGAAAGUAUUCAGGUCUCGGUGAGCCCAUUUCCUCUGUUCCAAGACGGGAUCUUGCGUGGUCAGAGAAGCAGCCGGGCUGGUCUCAGAAGAUGAUGCGGAAAGCACCCACCUCGUGCGUGCUGUUUGCCGUGGAUGAAUCCUUUUCCCCAGCACAAAUGGAGAGAGACCUGCUUACGGGAGAAGGGGGGAGACCUGGCGGGAGCUCCCCCGUGAUGGAGGAAGCAUGUGCUGUUGUCUUGGCUGUUGCAGGUAGAUUUGUAGAGUAGCGCGAAGGCAAGCAUGAGAGCGAUUCGAGGCGCGAAGGGAGAGCGGCUGCGAGCAGAGCAGUUGGGAAGUGGAUUCCUGUUUUAUUCUGCUCUUGUCAGAGAAACUCGGCCCCUUUGGCGGUGGGGAGAGGAGAUUCCUCACAGGCGGUGCUGGUUUUAGAGGCGAAAGCUGGCAGUGUCGCUCCGCUGUGACCACGUGUGGGGGUGAAGCCUCCUCCCAGGUGCUGUGUGGGUGCAGGGACCCAGCUCCAACGGCUCUUUACAGCCCUCCGGAGCUGUCUGUGUGCAAUAUUGGUGGCGGUGCCGGUCUCUUUGCGCUCCCCAGGGCUGUCAGUGCCAGCGUGACCCUUGGGUUUAGUUGAGUUAACACUGUGGUUGUUGGCAGAAGCUGGGUUAGGAAGGGUCCUGGGGUUUAAUAUGUCUAAUUACCCCAAAACCUCUGAAGUUUUUCUUUGAGACUUGAUAUGUUGCAAGAAGGGUGGGGAAGGAGCAUCCUGCUUUCUGCCUGUCUCCUUCCCACUGUCCUGAAGCCGAUUUCGGCUGAAAUCCAAAACGGCUGGGGUGAUGCCACCUCGUGGGAUGCGUGUGGCAGGUGCAGAGCAGGUCGUGGAGCCGAGAGGUUUGCAGGGGCUGUUGGUGUUGAGAGCUUCCCUCCUCUAAAGCCUUCGUUUUGGUUUUCUUUUUCUUUGACUUGUUUGAUGAGCUAAGGAGAGAUGUUACGUAUGUCGCGGUGUGGUGAGAGAGACCUGACCGGGGGAGGAUCUGGGGUGCGGAGGUAAAAAAUGGGGUAUUUGGUCUUGGAAGAGGUUGUGAUGUCUCUUUUUAACCGCGCUGGCUGCCGAAGGGCUGUACUUGUGGGUGAAGGAUGGAGCAGGGGCCGAGGCGG